AUUUACUCUACUUAUUUAUAAUUUUAAAUUUGUCUGUCUGCUACAUUCACACUCCUGGCUAACUUCAGUAUUAUUUUAAAAAUUUUACUUUUUACGCGCGUUUAAUAUCAAAAACAAUAGUUCAAUUGCUAAAUAGAGCAAAUAAACAUUACAAGUGCAUACUAAGUUAAGUGUGAUAGUAUUGGCAGCCCUGACUCUAAACAAAAUAUUUGUAUUUGGCUCCAUUUCAUUAUUAUCAUUAUCCGGAGUGAAGGAUAUCGAUAACAGACGCGCAAUUUUUAUUUAUCACGGUUAGUCAUCGGAACAGUAAAUAAUAACGCGGUUGAAUGAAAAAGUAAAUUUCUGUUUAAUGUUAAAUAUUUAAUUAAAUCGUAAAUUCAAAUGUCUUACGAGUGCUGCGGGAACGGGGGUACCGGAGGGGCAUUUUUAAACUCCAUUAAAAAUUUUAUUAAAAAUUUAAAUUACGUCUACCGGAAUUUGAAUAAAGAUAACAGUGGUUUGAGUGUUGAGACAGACAGUGUGUUAAUUACUGUAUUUGUUGUUGUCUGCACAAUAAUAUUAGGAAUAUGCUGGCGGUCGCGCCGUCGCGGUGAAUCAAAACGCGCCGGUGAUACCCGACGUAGUGCGAACCUGACGGUACCGGCGCGUGACGGCAACCUCGAGAUGAAGGCUCAAGACGACGACGACACCCUGGUCACUUAAACUCCUCUAGUCUGGCUUUUAAAUCUCAAUGGCUGACCACUUGGACACUGGCCAUUGCGGUUAUCAAUAUUGAUAAUGAUCAGUACUGUGGUCGCAGCUGCAAUAACAAACACGAGUAUGAGUAUUUCAAUAAUAAUAAUAAUAACAGUAACGAAAUGAAGUAAAGUAAUUUAUAUAAAUGUGGAUAACACAAGCAAAGUGAAUGAACGGUCUCGAUGGAAGUGAGUACUUUGGAGUGGGAGCAGUUGUAAGACAACUGAUGUCUCGUUGCGACAAACAGCUGCUCGCCGAACAAGACCAACAAGAUAUUGACACACAUCCUAAUCCUACUCGACAAAUGGGACUCAACGACUCAGGCAGACGAUUAAUCGAGUCCGAGGUACCUUCCAGGAGGAACAAUGGCAGGCGAAGACACCCAAAUAAUUGCCAAUGGGACCGUUAAUGUCCUGACGAUAAUACCCAGUGAAAAAAUGGCAAACGGCAACGUCGAGAUGCACAAUAAGUUGAACAACAACGGGACGAUAAAAAACGGUAACGGCAAGGUCUUGGAAAUAGCGAUGGAAAAUGGAAAACUUAUCGCCGUCGGGGAUGAAAAGUCAAACAGUCUCCACACUGAGUUCGAUGACGCAGACGUCUCUUGCGGAUGGGGACUUUUUAGGCCACGUUGGCUCCAGUAUUUCGCCACGAAACAGGCCUUCUUGGUCGUCUUCUGUCUUACUUGGGUGCUGCAAGGCAUGUAUUACACGUACUUUGUGUCAGUGAUAACGACGAUUGAGAAAUUAUUUCAAAUCCAGUCUAAAACAACGGGUAUAAUUAUGUCGGCGACGGAAAUCGGGCAAAUAGGAUCCUCGCUCUUGCUAACUUACUACGGAGGUCAAGGACACAGACCCAAGUGGAUCGCCUGGGGCAUGAUACUCUUCGCCGUGAGCUCUUUUACCUGCUCGAUGCCCCAUUUCAUCUUCGGCGAACAGCUGAUCGAGCAGAAAAAAACUCUAUUCAGGAUCAACACUGACUCCUCCGGCGACUCGGAUCAUGUUUCUUCUAGUCUUUGCAAACUACAGCCGUUUAUUAAUUCAUCAAUGGAUCUCGACGGACUGAGUUCAACCACGAGUUUGCCGAACUUUGGCGCAUCCUCAGACACUGAGUACUGCGAGGGCACUUUUCUCGAUGAACAAAGGAUCCAAACUAAAAUAACGUCAAUAGUCUUGGCGAUUUUUUUCGUCUCUCUACUGGGAGUCGGAAUGGGCCAAACAGCUGUCUACACACUUGGCAUCCCCUACAUAGACGACAAUGUCGCCUCUCGAGAAAGUCCUUUGUACUUCGCCAUAACAAUAGGAGUAAGAAUUCUUGGUCCAGCGCUCGGAUUUAUUCUUGGCUCGCUCUGCACCAUGCUCUACGCAGAUCUGUCAGAUAACCCGCAAAUCACGCCUACCGAUCCACGAUGGGUUGGCGCUUGGUGGCUUGGUCUCGUGCUGAUAUCCGCAAUGCUGAUGCUCGUCAGCGUCGCUAUGUUCGCUUUCCCCUCGCGGCUGCCCUCCGGCAAAUCCUCGCCCAAGACAGAAGACUCAACGAAGCCCAGUCUGAAAGAUUUUCCGAAAGCAGUAAAAAGACUCCUGAAAAAUGACAUCCUGAUGUUCAGAACAGCCAGCAGCGUUCUCCACAUCCUCCCAAUCGCCGGACUGUACACAUUCUUGCCAAAAUACCUGGAGACGCAAUUCCGUCUCCCAGCGCACCAUGCCAACAUGAUAUCAGGAGUCGGCGGUAUCCUGGUGAUGGGUCUAGGAAUAAUAAUAAGCGGGGUCUUCAUCCUGCGAGUGAAGCCCAACGCCAGGUUCGUCGCCGCCUGGAUAGCGUUCACCGCAGUGGUCUACGCCGUGGGCAUGGGCACUCUGAUGUUCAUCGGGUGUCCCAUGGACGACUUCGCCGGGUUGACGACCAACUCCGAGGGUGUCACCAGCUUCGAGUCCACGUGCGAUGCCGACUGCGACUGUGCCCGCAGUAAAUUCAGUCCCAUCUGCGGCGCCGACAAAAAGACCUACUUCUCUGCUUGUCAUGCCGCCUGUUCGAACUUCACUGAAGUCGACGGGAAAAUAUCCUCAUUCUACAACUGCCAAUGUCUCGGACAAAACGAAACAGUAAACGCCGAGUUUGGUUUGUCCUCCGAAGAAAUGAGCAAAGCAACGAUGGGUUACUGUGAUCUAGAGUGCAGUAACUUCUGGGUUUACAUGAUCCUGUUUUCAUUGUUCGUCUUCAUUCACUCGACAAGUGAAGUGGGGUCGAUGCUUCUCAUACUGCGGUGUGUUGAUCCCCAGGACAAAGCAAUGGCUCUGGGUCUCAUACAGUUCGCGAUAGGCUUAUUUGGAAACGUUCCCUGUCCCAUAGUGUACGGGGCCGUAGUGGAUUCCGCAUGCCUGGUUUGGGAUAACUCCUGCGGUGAACGUGGCGCCUGUUGGCUCUACGACUCAAACAUAUUCAGGAUGUUCUUUCACGGUACUACGGGUGGAAUACUCAUACUGGCAUUUAUUGUUGAUCUCGUUGUGUGGUACAAAGCCGGAAGCAUAAACUUUGUUGACGAGCAGACGGGUCAGGAAGGUUCUGCCGAAGAAAUGACGACUCUUAAACCUCAGGAUGGGCAAACUGUUGACAACGAUUACCUUUAAAAGGUUUUUUACAUUUUAUCUGCUCAACCGGAAUCGAAUUAGAGGAUGGGAAUGACAGUUGAGGUAAAGAAGAAAAUUAACAACAAGAUUAACUAUUUUUUUUUAGGCAUAAUAGCUAACAGGAUGCCUAAUAUACAUAUAUCUAUAUAUAUUUUCCGAGAACAUGCUCGUAAUAUAUAAGGAAAUAUAAAUAUAUAUAAAAGUGCGUGCGAACUUAAUCUUCAAGGAAAUAUAUUAAUUAUUUUCGUAGACGCUACAUCGAUUAUAAGCUAAUACAAUACUGAUGAGUCUUGUUUAUCAUUAAUUAUAGGCUAAGUAUUUUGCCAUAACUAAGGCGUAGAUGAAGGAAAUUGCAUAAUAUAUGUAUUAGAUAUAAUUUUUCAUAAGUGACAAUGAAAACGAAAAGGGAGUAAGCUCGUGAAUAGGCAAUAUUUUAUAUAUACAUGGAGAAAUUUACGGUAACAGUUACAAUAUAUCAUGGGAAUGGUCCCCAUAUCAUGUGAUAACAUUCCUAUCUAUGUGGGUUUCAUUUCUGUGUGAUAUAGGAAUAGUUUCUAUUAAAUUAUGGUAAUAAUUCCUGUCAUAAUGGUAAUAAUUUCCAUGUACUAUGAUAAUAAUUACCAUGCUAUUAAGGUAAUUUAUAUUAGAAUUUUAUGGUAAAAAUUACCGCGAAAUUUAGAAAUUCUUCAUACUACGGUAAUAAUUAUCAUAAUGUAAUAAUAAUAAUAAUUACCAUAACUUUACAGUAAUAAUUACCGUGAUAUAAUAGUAAUUGUAAGCAAAUAUUAUGGUACCGAUUACUAUGACAUUGAGAAAUUCAUCAUAUUACAGUAAUAAUUACCAUGAUAAUAUAGUAAUUUUUACCGUAGUGCAACAAUUACCUUGACAUUUAUAAAUUGAUAUUACGGUAAUAGUUACCAUGAUAUUAUAGUAAUGGUUACCAUAAUAUUAUGAGAACAAGUACUAUAAGUAUGGUAAUCAUUACCAUAAUUUAAUUACCAUACGACAUAAGAACUUUUACUACAAUAAUAGGAACUGUUCCCGUAGUUAUGGAAACUUUUCUAAAAAUGAUGGAUGCCUAUCCCAUAUUUCCAAGUAAUUAUUACCAUAACAUAAUGGAAUGAUACUUCAUAAAUGUACUAGUAACAGUUACCAUUAUUUUCUCUCUGUGUAUAUAUAUCUAAUAUAUAAAUAUUUUAUUUUCCUGCCUAAUGUAACGGUGCUACCUACGAAGAAUACGAUAAUCGGUAGCAAUUAUGUAUGGUUGGAUGGUUUAAAAUCGAAUUAUCUUUGCUAAAUUUAUUCAAAAUUUUGGUAUCGCCGUCCAAUUAACUUACGUAUGAUUAACCAUCACAGUGUUGACACGGAUGAUGAAUGGUCGACAAUAGUGUUGACAAAUGUCGUGAGAAUGAAGAGUUGAAUUAUUGAUGAAUUCAAUAAUUAAUAAAUUAGAUAACAGAUUCGUGUGAUUAAAUAACCUGACAGUUUAAAUAUUUUUAGAUAAAUUUGACCGGUGAUUAAUAAGCUGACAACCAGGUGAGAAAUCAAGAAAGUUUGAGCAAAGUUAUUAAUAAUAAUUAGUGUGACAAUAAUGAGCCCAGUACAGUUUAUUAUUUUGACGGCCCGGACUAAGAUAGUUUAAUUGAUGGCGGAAAUUUUGAAUUAUUAGUUUGCUCUCUGUUCAAACAAUCCAGCAGAUUUUUACUUUAAAAAUUAAUGUCGAAAUUUACAUUUUUAUCAUUUUCAGGGUUUUGUUAUUAAAUUACAUAAGAAUUAUUAAACAGUAAGACAUUUUCAUACUUAUCAAUUGUCUUCGUUGAGUCUUAUCAAAAUAAAUAAUUAAAAAAUUUGGAUUCAAAUUUAAAUUUAAUUUUAAUACGUUUCGAUAAAAUUCUGUGAUUUUCUUUGAGUUCUACGAAUUUUUUCCCGGGGAAAUUUUUAUAAAAAUUCAAAAAUUAGGAAUCAGCAACUUGGAUAUUUUAAACAGAAAUAUAUGAGCCCAGUAAAUUAUUUCGGGUCAGCUCUGCAUACAAGGAAUAAAUAAAAAAAUAAAUAAUAACGAUAAGUAGUAAUACGAAAAAUAAAAGAGUCGUAUUUUAAUAUGAUAUACUUUACAAAUGACUUGAGUCAAUGUCUUUUAAAUAACUAAUUAAAUUAAUUUACGUACAUACAUUAAACGUGUAUAUUUAUAGCUGAAAAUCAGCGAACCUUCGAAAUAAGCUAAGCUCUCGAUAAAAUAUAUACUUAUAUUUACACAUAUAUUUCCAGUUAAAUAAGUAGACACAUAAUCGUUGACAUGAAACUAUAGCAAUUACGCUCAUGUAAAAUUUUUAUUUUUAUAAUUGUAAUUAAAAUUACCCAGUUAGAGCUCUCGAGCCUUACGUAGAAUAGGAUCUCUGGUUAAAUAAAUCUUCUCGAUACGCAGGCAUAAAUAAUAAAUAAAUAAAUAAAUAAGGAAACUUUAGAUUCCAAGUACCGGAAAUAACAAACCGUUGUUAUGUUUUACUUUGAAGAGAUUAAGCUCACGCCGAGACUGAAAGUGUUUAUGGCUCGAAAAAUAUCAACAUAUAACUAACUAUUUUCUAUGCUCAUUACAAAUAAUAAUAAAUAAUAUAAGUAAUAAUAAAUAAUAAUAAAUAAUGAUAUAGUAAUAAUAAGACGUACAAAUCCCCGAGUAUUUUCUCACAGAGUAUAACGGGAAUAAAAGAGCAAUUGAGUUAAAUUACUUGUACAAUGUAUGAAAUAAAAAAUUUUUAAAAAUAUAAAAAAAAGCAUAAACACAUCACGAGCGGUCUAAAAGUGACUUUCUCUUCCUUUAAUUGUUGUUAAUGUUGUUGUUGUUCAUUAAAAGCCAAUGACGAUUAUUUUUAAAAGUAUAAAUCCACUUGUGAUUAAUAAAAAGGUGAUUGGUGGUUAAAUUACACAGCAGGCUGCUCAUCAUGCAUACAGUAUAUGAAAUUUUAAAUAAUAAUAAUUAUUAAUAUAAUGAAAAAAUAAAUAAAUAAAUCGGGUGACCGGUCCAGUUAAUGAACACGGUUAGUAAAUUAACAUUAUUUCACUUUUACCUUAAGUAUAAGAUCUAGUACUAGACUAGAGACCUAAUACCCAAUCAGGGAACUAGUACUCGGUCGGGUAUUGAGUCAAAUUUCGAAGUUCACAGUAACAAACCUCUGAAAUAUUUUUAUAACGAUUUUUUUUCAUGGGUAAUUACAAAAAAAAAAUUACUCGAUUGCUAUUUAAUUGUAAACUUCUAAUACUACUUUAAUUUGGUUACAUUCUUAUAUAUUUAAAUGUUCAAAAAUAUGAGGCUUCAUUUACUGGCUCGGUCACCCCAUAAAAAAAAAACACACAAAUAUAAAUAAAAAUAUCUCUUUCCGCACUUGUAAAUAAAAGAGUACAAUACUAUUACCAAAUUAAAACCCCGAUAUCAUGUGAGAUUGACUUGCGGAACCGAACUUUGAUCAUAUUUACAAUAAAAUUUUUUAUCUUUUUAAUUAAUUAAACUCAAGACUAAUUACCACUGCCAGUUUUAUAAUUUUUUUACUUAUACAUCUUGCAUUUCAAACAACACUGUUAAUUAUGAAAGAGACUUUAAAAGGAAAUUAAAUUUUGAAAAGGUUCCGCGGAAAGGUUUCGCAGAUAUUUCAAUUUUUACGUAGAGACAAAACAAUCUAUUAAAUUUACUUACAAAGAGAUCAAUUAUAUUAAAAAUAUAUAUAUAUAUAUAUAAUAUCACGAUCAUACUAUUUUAUAUACUUUAUAAGAUUAAUUGAGGAAAAAAUAUAAAAUGCGACCUUAAACGCUGAUUUCACGUAAUUAAUUUUAAAAAACUAAUUAUCUAGUUAAUUAUAACUGCUAGUCUCUAAAUAAUAUAUAAAUAUAUAUUACUUAUGAAAUUUUUAAGCUAAACGAGUGUAUGGAGGGAAAAAAAAUGAGAGAAAGUUAGAGAAUGCAAUAUAUGGUGAUAAGCAAAGUACAUAUAUAUGUCUAUAUAAAUAUAUAUGAGGGUGAAUCAAAAAUAAUGAAUUUUUAAAUUUCCCGGUAACCCAAUAAUUUUCUCUGGAUUUUUUGGUCCAGGAUCGAAAAAAAUAAUUUUUUUAAAAACUGCACGCAUAUUUUUGAAAAAAAUUCAAUGCGCGCCAAAAAAAGUCCGAGACAUUAAAGCGCAAUCUUUGAUAAUUCAAAAAUUCCCGGGCUUAGAAUUCAAAUUUAUUUGAAAUUUCUUACGCGCGUGACUGUGAAGUGAAAAAAAUACAAAAUUUUCGUACAAAAAUUUGCAGACUCUGCAAGAAUUUUUUUGGCAAUUAAUUUCCGUUAAACAAAGUCGAUUAUUUUGGCACACUCUCAUAUAUAUAAAUACUAUUAUAUUAAUUUUUUUUAACGAUAAAAGAUGAAUUAUUUCUAUUUGUUUUAUAAAGCAAUUAUUGAUUCCUGUACAUAUAUUAUUAUAUUAUAUUAAUUUUAUUACAAUGUAAUAGUUAUGAUUUUAGUAAAAAAAAAAA